GUAUUUUCACUGUAAUACAGUUUUAAUUCCCGUUACCAGCAUCCAUCCUGACUGUAAUCUCGUUUUAAAUCUCGCAAGCGGAGUCUCCAAUAGAAAGGUGGCAAUGUGCCGUCACUCGGUAGUCGUGGUGUGUUUAAAGUAUUCAGAGCGAAUCAGAGAUGCAAGUCUAUUACAAGUCGGGUUUUUUAAGUUAACGUGCUCUGCUCCUAUCGGAAGUUGCUUACUGUUGCACAGUCCCUUACGAGCAGCUAAGAUGGACGCCUGUGUCUCUGUGUCCUUCUUUCAAGACGAGCUCGCCUCUACCGUCCAGCAUGCGGUGAAAGCGGCUGUGGACACACUCUUGCGUGAAAUUACAAAAGUUGUCGGCAGCAAAUUCACUGAAUUGCGAGUGGAAAUGGCUGGAAAGGAGAAAGAGAAUGAAAUCCUGAGGCUGAGAUUGGAAAUAUCAGAGAGCGAGCUGAACGCUGUGCGAGAAUGCAUGAACGCUGCAGAUGCAGACAUUAAACAACCGCUGAUAUUUCAAGAGAGCCACGCUAUCCCUGAACCUGAAGCACAAGAGGGGCCAAAGAUAGAAGCAGUUUCCACACAAGAGGAGUCCUUUGAGCAGGAGAGCCGUGGAAGUCUAAUGCAGGUUACAGAGCUGGUGUUUGAUAAAGAUGAAGACGUCCCUCAACAGGAAUGUGAUCCUAUUAAAGAGGAAUUCAUUGAGCAGCAAUGUGUCCCCAUCGCAGACACAGAAAAUAAUGUCUGUACCCUUGAGGAGAACAACAAGCUGGGAUCCAACCUGUGUGAUGAUCCUCCAUCUGAAUGUGAAGUGGGAUUGAAACGUCAUCGUGCAAAACAAGCUGCAUUGAGCCGCCGAGUAAUCCUGCAGAAACUGGAGAGCCACGCUAUCCCUGAACCUGAAGCACAGGAGGGGCCAAAGAUGGAAGCAGUUUCCACACAAGAGGAGUCCUUUGAGCAGGAGAGCCGUGGAAGUCUAAUGCAGGUUACAGAGCUGGUGUUUGAUAAAGAUGAAGACGUCCCUCAACAGGAAUGUGAUCCUAUUAAAGAGGAAUUCAUUGAGCAGCAAUGUGUCCCCAUCGCAGACACAGAAAAUAAUGUCUGUACCCUUGAGGAGAACAAGCUGGGAUCCAACCUGUGUGAUGAUCCUCCAUCUGAAUGUGAAGUGGGAUUGAAACGUCAUCGUGCAAAACAAGCUGCAUUGAGCCGCCGAGUAAUCCUGCAGAAACUGGAUGAAGGAGAAUAUGACUCCACUCCAUCACCCCACUGCAAAAACUCUUCUAGUGGCAAACCACAGUGCAAGAAACGCAGAGAGACGACACCCCAAGAAGAAAAUGUGAAGACGUUGAGAACUCUCUCCGUUAAACUUCCUUUACAAGACAGACACCGACAUGCUGUGGAGAGCACAGAGACGGGACAUUCUGUGUGUUUUAACAAUAGUGAAACCCAGGACACCUUGAAGACCUUGCCUCAUUCUAUUACAGGUCAACUAGGCUCUCCUACAAAUCCCACACGAGGGACUGCAUUAACUUGUGCCGAUUGUGGGAAGAGUUUCAAACGUUUAUCACGGCUUAAAAUACACCAGCGCGUUCACACAGGAGAGAAACCUCAUCACUGUGCUGACUGUGGAAAGAGAUUCAGUCAUUUAGGAAAUCUUAAAACCCACCAGCGCAUUCACACUGGAGAGAAACCUUAUCACUGUGCUGAAUGUGGAAAGAGAUUCAGUGAUUUAGUAAAUUUUAAAAGACACCAGCGUGUUCACACAGGAGAGAAACCGUAUCACUGUGCUGACUGUGGAAAGAGAUUCAGUCAUUUAGUAAAUCUUAAAACCCACAAGCUCCUUCACACGGGAGAGAAACCUCAUCGCUGCACUGUUUGUGGGAAAUGUUUCGCACAGUUAAGAAGGCUUAAAACCCACCAGCGCAUUCACACAGGAGAGAAACCUUAUCACUGUACUGAGUGUGGGAAGAGUUCCACACAGCUAGGAAGCCUUUGAUAUCACCAGCGCGUUCACAGGGAUCAAUUUUCUUUCAAGGUUUUGUAAAAAUGUUAAUACCACACAAACUACUAAGAUGAGCACCAUCUCAAACUCAUGGUAAAGUGUGUGUCUGCUGGUUUUCAUUCCAACUGAGUUAUCAGUUACUUACUUAAGCCCUUAAUGGAACUAAUGAUAUGCUUUAAUUAGGAAAGAGGAAGUUUGGGGCAAAAGGAGGCGGGACAAGCAUUUUUUCUAUUGUCAAGGAUUUUUUUUCUUUGGUAUUGAAAUUGCUUGUUUCUUCUGUAUAAUUUGUAAUAUUAUGAAGGGAGGGACAUUUCUGUCCUAUACCCUUGUAAUAUUUGUACAUGCAUACAACAACGUUUAUGUUGAAUUAAGUUUUUAUAUAACUAAUGGUAAAUGUUGUUUACUGUUAAUACAAUGUUACUGUAACUAUACUAUAAAAGUACUGUCUCCAGGAAAUUCAAUUGAUUCAUUUUCACUUUUAAAUGUCUUAUCACAUGAAAUAAACAAAACCGUUUUGCAAAUGUUUAUAUACUUUACAUUUUAUAAAAUGCAUAAAAAUACAAUUGAAAACCUCACAAUGCAAUAAAUAACUGACUUUGGUAUGUAGUCAAAUAAAUAAACACAUGCAACUAUUUCAAUUGAAUGAAAUGUUUUCUAAAAUCAAACUAUAACAGCGGAUUUGCUGUUAGCCACGUGGCUGAA